CCCAGGCAAGCGACUUUGGUUUAUAUUCUGGGAUGGCUUGCCAAGAGGCACAGAGAUUUUGCGGUGAUUCCGUCUGCGGCUGAGUUCCUGUGCGAUAACGAUGUCUCAGUCCAAAGGUGUGGUGGUCCUGGCCUACAGCGGUGGGUUGGACACAUCCUGCAUUCUGGUCUGGCUGAAGGAGCAAGGCUAUGAGGUCAUCACUUACCUGGCCAACAUUGGACAAGAUGAAGACUUUGAGAAAGCAAGAGCAAAAGCACUCUCCUUGGGAGCCAAAAAGGUUUACAUUGAAGAUAUUAGCAGAGAAUUUGUGGAAGAAUUUAUCUGGCCAGCCGUCCAAGCCAACGCUGUCUACGAGGACCGUUACCUCCUCGGCACUUCCUUGGCCAGGCCGUGCAUUGCUCGCAAACAGAUGGAAAUCGCUCAGAAAGAAGGCGCCCGGUACGUCUCGCACGGAGCCACAGGCAAGGGUAACGAUCAGAUUCGGUUUGAGCUCACCUACUACGCCCUCUGCCCUCAGAUCAAGGUCAUUGCACCUUGGAGGAUGCCGGAAUUCUACAGCCGCUUUCGAGGCCGGACUGACUUAAUGGAAUAUGCCAAGAAUCAUGGCAUCCCUAUCCCAGUGACACCCUCCAAUCCUUGGAGCAUGGACGAAAACCUCAUGCAUAUCAGCUAUGAAGCCGGGAUCUUAGAGAAUCCUAAGAAUCAGGCCCCCCCUGGCCUCUAUACGAAGACGAAAGACCCUGCGACAGCACCAGACUCUCCGGACAUCUUAGAGAUUGAAUUCAAGAAGGGCGUCCCCAUCGUGGUCACGAACCUGAGGGAUGGGACCGUUCGCCGUUCGCCCCUUGAACUCUUCAUUUACCUGAAUGAAAUCGCCGGCACGCAUGGAGUCGGUCGCAUUGACAUAGUGGAGAACCGGUUUAUAGGGAUGAAGUCCAGAGGUAUCUACGAGACCCCUGCAGGUACCAUCCUCCACCGUGCCCAUUUAGACAUUGAGGCCUUCGCCAUGGACCGGGAGGUGCGGAAAGUCAAGCAAGGACUCGCCUUGACGUUUGCCGAACUGGUGUACAACGGUUUCUGGUUCAGCCCGGAGUGUGAAUACAUCCGCCGUUGCAUCGUCCAAUCGCAGGACCUCGUGGAGGGAAAAGUCCAGGUCUCCGUCUUGAAAGGCAACGUGUACAUUCUGGGACGGGAGUCGAGCUGGUCGUUGUACAACAAGGAACUGGUGAGCAUGGACGUUCAAGGUGAUUAUGAGCCGGCUGAUGCCACUGGGUUCAUCAACAUCAACUCCCUUCGGCUGAAGGAAUAUCAUCGCCUCCAGUGCAAGGUCAGCUCAGCGCAGAAUUAAUAGCGAUCAGUGGGGCCGUCUUCUUCUUCUUCUUCUUCUUCUUCUUCUUCUUCCGGCAACUAGUUACCGACGUGCCGACAUUAAUUGUGGUUGUAAUUAGUAACCGUUAUGCCUCUCUCCGAGGCCAUGGAUGGCGUGGUGGUUUUGUCGUGCGCUUCAAUGGCGUAUCAAACGGGAUCGAGAAAAGGUGGUCAAACAGCCAGGAAGGCUUGGCGCACCCAUGUGCUUAUGCGCGGAGUUGCUAUUAAAGAUCUGUGCCAUUAUGUCCUGUCUAAUGAGCGGGACUUCUAUCUGUUUUGUUUUCAUUGCAUAUGGCUUGGUUGUCUUUCCAGCCAAGCUAUUUGCUAGGCUGGUCUUUGUACUUCCCUGGGAGUUUAAGUGCAUCUGAAGGACACAAAUUUUUUUGUUGGAGGACAUUAUUAGCAGACAGAGGGGGUGCUGGACUCGACCUAAACCAUCUCUCUACCUGUAGAACACGAAAGGGUAAAUGGAAAAAUGAUGAAAAAUAAAAUAGUUUAUUGCCUUUGUAUCCCCAUUAAGAGAGUUGCAUUAUCUUUGCCGUUAUUGCUGCAAGGUCUGGUUUAGUUUCCCAUUUUCUUUCUUUCCAUCCUUUUUUUUCUCUUCUUCUUCUCAAAAGGAAUGUCUCAUUUUGCAUUCCCCCCCCCCCCCGGAUGCUGUCAAUUGGAAGAAGGAAAAUUCAAGGUAAAGAGGGUAGAGAAAAAUGAAAAGGAGAGAAUGCAGUGCAGGGGGCGGGGGUGGGAUAUGUGGAAUUUUAAAAUAUUCGGUUUGCAAUGCCGUCACCAGCGGACUUGAACCAGUUCCAGGAAAAUGGCUAGAAACUUAAAGGGGGAGCCAAUUAAUGUUUCCUCACCUGUGUUUCUAUGGAAAGCAAAAAGGGAAAAGGGAAAAAGAGAGGAAAAGCUGCAUAAUGGGUUGGUUGAUCAUGCAUUUGAUUGCUUGAUAUCUCACGGCUGGAC